GGCCCGGUGUUCAUCACCGACAACGAGCCCGAGCUGCUGCAGCUUAUGGAGAAGAACAUCCAGGCGAACCGCUUGGGCCACUGCGUGGAGAGCCGCCUGCUCGACUGGGCGGAUGACCGAGGCGUCGUGCCGCAGCCGGACCUCGUGGUGGCUGCAGAUGUGCUCUACCAGGGAGAUGGCUCCAUGUUCUGCGAUGCGCUGUCUCGUUACCUGGCAACAACCGCUGAAGCCUAUGUGGCGAACCACCACAACCCCGACCGGUGUGAGGCCACCCUCGGCUUCCUGCGGCGGGCCGCAGCGCUGGGUCUGCAGGUGGAGAGGCUGCAGGACGGCGCGGGCUUUGCGCUGGGCAGCUUGGCUGGUUCCUUCGAGGGCAGCUUCGAGCCUUUCCGCGGCGCCGAGGGAGAGCGACUGGCAUCGGUGCAGCACGCACGGUUCCAUCAGCCAGGCGGAAGCCCAACGGAGUGA